UUCGCAAUGGUACCGUACCAGCUGGAAAUACUUGCCCUCGUUGCCGUGCUAAUCGGUAUCGUCGUCAACUCCUACAUUGUCGUUAUCGUUAUCCUCACGAAACAGAUCACAUUCGCCAGCAAGAUACUGCUGCUCCAUCUGGGCGUUGUAAACGCCGUACUAUGUCUGUUCUAUCUGGUCUACUACACCGCGAGCUUGUUCCGGCUGCUACCCGUGGCGCUGGACGCAAUGGACGUCGCCUGUCUAAUGUUCGGGCUCUGUUUCAACACGCUCCACUCGAUCGCGCUAUGGACGCUGUGUGCACUCAACUUCGAUCGGUACUUUGCUAUCGCCACGCCGCUACACUAUGGCACGUUCAUCAACACGAAAAAGCAGGUCCUGAUAACACUCGGUGCCGGUUGGAUCGUGUCGACGCUUUUCAGCUUACCGCAGGCGGUACGAAUAUCGGCCUAUAAGUUCGACAGCGAUUACGAACUCUGCCUGCCAAACCUUCAGACGACGGAAUCGCUCAUCUACAGCAUCAGCUUCGUACUGUUCACCAUCCUGCUACCGAUUGUGCUGAUCCUGGGCUGCAACAUGAAGGUGCUGAUGAUCGCACGCUACCAGCGCAACCGGAUCGCUUCCGCCAUCCUGGAGGUGACACUGUCCGCCCAGCUGACCAUCACACAUCAGCGGAAUCCGUUCUUUGUGCCGAAUGCCGGUACGGGUCCGGGCGGUACCGGACCGGCGGCCGACUGCAAACCGUACACGCAAGCCUCCAACCAGAACAAUCCGGCAGCGAACGUGAUACAGUUGGUCGGGUCGGCGAUACUGUUCCACUGUCCGUACUAUUUCGUCAUCCUCUGGAACAGCAUGCUACCGUUCGUGGCGAACGGUUGGCGCACACCGGCCCUGUUGCUCAAUGUCGCCUCCUUUCUGCUGCUGCUAUCGCCGACGAUCAAUGCGAUUCUGUACGGCGUGCGGAGCAAAAUCGUGCGCCGUUCGUUUCGCAACAUCUGGCGCAAGCAGAAGCAAAAGAUCGAGAUCCAUUAUGAGAUACAGGCGCGAACACCGUCGACCUGCGGCUCCCGUCGGCCAUCGCUCAGCGGCACCCAGUUCCAGCAGCAGCAACUACAGCAGCAGCAGCAACCGCUGCUGCUUGCGUUCUCCGCCGACACGAGCCGGCCCGGUUCGGCCAGUGGUGCGACCGCACCGGACACACGCUCCGAGAUCGGUCUGGAACCGGACGGAUCGUCGCACGAUGCGUCCCUGCAGUCGCCACUCGGGCGCAUCAAGUUCGGCAGCUGCUCGGCACUGAGCGGGCCCCUGUUUGUAUGCAAUCCGACACCAAAUAUGCACCAACAGCAACAUUCCCAUCAUCCGCAUCACGGUGCCGGACCGCGGCCAAAGAUCACCAUCACGAAGAUACUCACCGAUGACGAGACACCGGGAUGCAUCCGGUCACCGCCACCGCCCCCUUCAUCGCCCCUCUCGCCAACCGCUUCGGUGUUCGAGCAUCAAGGGUUUGAUAUAGCGGCGGCCGCCGUCGACGGUGGGCGGCUGCCGGCGGCACUCGUCGCCACGAUACCACCGAUCUGCAUCACAGACAAUCUCAGCGUCGCUGGACAAUCAGGUGCCAAGUUGCACCCCGCCGCACCCCUUUCGGCCGGCCCCAUCUGCCUCGAGCCGAAGAUAUCGUUUAGGAAGUUUUCCUCGCUGCAGGAAAUUUUAGGCAACGGGACUGACUAA